AUUAAAAAAGAAGGAAAUUACAAGCGCACGGCACGGCCUCCUUCGUUGUCUCUUCAUCCCCACACCGCCGUCGAGGUGGUCGUCUCGUCCGUCCGUCCGGCCGUCCCUUGGCCUCCCGCAGUGGCCAGCGCCCUUCCGCCCCCUCCAAAUCGCACCCAAACCCCUCGCGUUUAAACUAUUCCUUAGUCCAACCCCAUCUCCUCCUCCUCGCCUGACGACUCCUCUAUAAGGGCGCCGCCGAGGAGAGCAGCGAUGACUCCAGGUGGCCGCAGCUCUCCGGCGAAAGGCGGCGGAGAUGGCAUCCGCGGCGGCACAGUGCUACUACCACUCGUCGUCGCCGGCCACGUGGGCUCUGCGGCAGCGAGGCAUCGGAGGAGGCGCCCGGGUGGUUCAACUCUCCCCCCGCCGGAGCUUCUCGGUCUCCGCGGCGGCCGGGUUCGACAACCAGAACCGCGAGUAUGUGAUCGUCGGCGGAGGGAACGCGGCUGGGUACGCGGCCAGGACGUUCGUGGAGCACGGCAUGGCUGAUGGCCGGCUCUGCAUAGUCUCCAAGGAGGCAUUUCCACCAUAUGAGCGGCCAGCCUUGACCAAAGCUUAUCUUUUUCCUCCGGACAAGAAGCCGGCACGCCUACCUGGUUUUCAUACAUGUGUUGGAUCUGGUGGACAGCGACAGACUGCUGAAUGGUACAAGGAGAACGGUAUAGAGGUGCUUUAUGAGGAUCCAGUUAUAGCAUUUGAUGGCAAAACACAGACAUUGAAAACUUCAUCAGGGAAAAUUCUGAAGUACGGGUCACUUAUUAUUUCUACUGGCUGUGAAGCUUCAAGAUUACCUGAAAAAAUUGGAGGGAAAUUACCCGGAGUUCACUACAUACGUGAUGUUGCUGAUGCUGAUUCUCUAGUAUCUUCACUGGGGAGAGCAAAGAAGGUUGCUGUUAUUGGUGGGGGCUAUAUUGGCAUGGAGGUAGCUGCAGCAGCUUGUGGCUGGAAUCUUGACACAACUGUUAUAUUCCCGGAGGACCACAUUAUGCCAAGAUUAUUUACACCUUCCCUUGCUAAGAAGUAUGAGGAACUGUAUCAGCAAAGUGGUGUCAAGUUCAUAAAGGGAGCUCUUAUCGACAAGCUUGAAGCUGGCUCUGAUGGAAGGGUGUCUUCUGCUGUACUUAAGGAUGGGUCUAUUGUUGAAGCUGAUACAGUAAUUGUUGGUAUAGGAGCAAAACCAGUUGUCAGCCCCUUUGAAGCUGUUGGAGUCAACUCUAAAGUUGGUGGAAUAGAGGUUGAUUCCUUGUUUAGAACUAAUGUACCCAGCAUCUUUGCUAUUGGAGAUGUAGCAGCUUUUCCCCUGAAGAUGUACAACAGAAUAGCUCGAGUAGAGCAUGUAGAUCAUGCUCGGAAGUCUGCGCACCAUUGUGUUGAAACACUUCUAACAUCUCAGACAAAAGCGUAUGAUUACCUUCCAUAUUUCUACUCGAGAGUUUUUGAGUAUGAAGGAAGUUCAAGGAAAGUUUGGUGGCAAUUUUACGGCGAUAAUGUUGGUGAAGCAAUUGAAGUAGGGAACUUCGAUCCAAAGAUUGCUACCUUUUGGAUUGACUCUGAUAGCCGACUGAAGGGUGUUUUCCUAGAGAGUGGAAGCUCGGAGGAAUUCUCGCUUCUUCCGCAACUCGCCAAAUCUCAGCCCAUUGUUGACAAAGCUAAGCUCAAGGCCGUGACUUCUGUGGAAGAUGCAUUAGACAUUGCAAGAAGCUUUCUUUAAUCUGCUGCUCCCGUUUAGUUCUCUACAUCUAGGACGUCUAGAAUUUGGGUACUGCUGCUGCUUUCGAAUUGUCAGGACCAUGAUAACAAUAAUGCACAAUUCCACAGCAUUCAUUUCCCUCGGAUUGUAAUAUUCUUAGAUGCGCCUUCGAUCGCCAUUUCUUGCUUGAAAUAAACUUGACCGCCCUUUGAGGGGCAGAUCAAAACUGAUAUAGGAGUGAAGCCCUUUAUGUUA